AGGACAUGUCUUUUUAUUUCCACGCCCGGCGGCGGCGGAUGCCCUCCGUUGAAAGAAAAGUUUUAUUUUAAUUUUAAUGUUAUUGUCGCAAAAAUGGAUUCCAGAAAGCUGACGGAAUUAUUGCGAGGUACAAUCGAUCCUAACCAGAGACAGCAGGCCGAGGAGCAGCUAUCUCAGAUACAUAAAAUAAUUGGGUUUUCCCCAUUAUUGCUUCAAGUGGUUAUGUUAAAUGAAGUACAACCACCUGUCAGACUUGCGGGUGUUGUGUACCUCAAGAACCUUAUUACUUCGGGCUGGCAGGAGAAAGAGGCGGACGAUGAAGAGCCUGCGCCGUUUGUCAUCCACGAGCAAGACCGCGCGAUGAUCCGAGACAUCAUUGUGGAUGCCAUAGUACAAGCACCCGACAUUAUCCGUGUACAGCUAUGUGUGGCGUUAAAAACUAUAAUUAAACACGAUUUCCCCACUCGUUGGACUCAAAUUGUUGACAAAAUACACAUAUAUUUACAAAAUCCUGAACCGUCUAGUUGGAUGGGAGCCCUUCUGUGCCUUUACCAAUUAAUCAAGAAUUACGAAUAUUAUGUUGUGGAGAAGAGAGUGCCGCUCAUUGAGGCUAUGAACCUUCUGCUGCCAAUGAUGUACAACCUGAUAGUGAAUCUGCAAGCAGACCAAUCAACGGAGUCCGUUCUCAUCCAGAAACAAAUACUCAAAUGCUUUUACGGCCUAAUCAAAUACGUUCUGCCCUUGGACCUAAUAACGAAGGAAAUCUUCACCAAAUGGAUGGAAGUGCUCCGUGCCGUAAUGGAGGCUCCGGUGCCGGACAGCACUCUCCAGGUGGAAGAAGAGAUGAGGAUGGAGUUGCCAUGGUGGAAAUGCAAGAAAUGGGCGGUCCAUACGUUGUAUCGGUUGUUUGAAAGAUACGGCAGCCCAGUGAAUGCUCGUGAGGAAUACGUGGAAUUCGCAGAGUGGUAUCUCACCACUUUCACCGGAGGCAUCCUGGAGGUCCUACUUAGGAUACUGGACCAGUACAGGAACAAGGUGUACGUUUCGCCCAGGGUAUUGCAACAGACCAUCAGCUAUAUUGACCAGUGCGUGGGCCACAGUCACUCGUGGAAGCUGCUCAAACCACACAUGUUCGCCAUCAUACGAGAUGUCCUGUUCCCGCUGAUGUCUUAUUCUGAAUCGGACGAGGAACUUUGGAACACUGACCCGCAUGAAUAUAUACGUAUCAAGUUUGAUAUAUUCGAAGAUUUCGUGUCGCCAGUAACAGCGGCGCAAACGCUCCUGAUAUCGUGCUGCAAAAAACGAAAAGACAUGCUGGAACGAACCAUGCAACUGUGCAUGCAAAUUCUGAGGAACCAGAAUCCGGGGCACGGGCCGAGGCAGCGUGACGGCGCCCUACAUAUGGUUGGCACGCUCAACGACAUUUUGAUCAAGAAGAAAUUUUAUAAAGAAGAGAUCGACUCCCUUCUCAGCCAGUACGUGUUCCCCGAGUUCCACAGCCCCCUGGGCUACAUGCGAGCGAGGGCUUGCUGGGUACUCCAGUGCUUUGCGUCUGUUCGUUUCAAGAGUGAACCAUUACUCAUAGAGGCUGUACGUCUCACCAUUAACGCACUCCUGAAUGACUCUGAACUGCCCGUCAAAGUUGAGGCGGCGAUAGCGUUGCAGAUGCUCUUGACGUCUCAAGACAAAGUUCACAAGUACCUAGAGCCCCAAGUGAAGCCGGUGACCACGGAGUUGCUUGGGAUCAUUAGGGAAACUGAGAAUGAUAACAUUGCAAAUGUACUACAGAAGAUAGUGCCGAUGUAUACCGAGCAGUUGAUGCCUAUGGCCUUUGAGAUAAUGGAUCACUUAGCGACGACAUUUAGUAAAGUGAUCGAGACUGACUCGGGGACUGAUGAGAAGGCCAUUACUGCCAUGGGUCUGUUGAACACAAUGGAGACCGUUCUGAAUGUUAUGAGUGACAAUCCAGAUAUUAUGGCGCAGUUGGAGAAAACCGUGCUGCGGGUUGUGGGACACAUAUUGCAACACAACAUUAUUGAAUACUACGAAGAAGCGAUGACUUUGCUAUGCGAGCUGACAGCGAACACAAUCUCCGAAGACAUGUGGAAGGUUCUUGAGCUUCUUUACCAGGUGUUCGAGAAGGAGGGGUUCGAUUACUUUACGGACAUGAUGCCAGUGUUACACAACUACAUCACAGUGGACACAAACGCUUUCCUGUCUAAUGAGAACCAUAUAUUGGCCAUGUUCAAUAUGGCUAAAGCGGUACUCAACUCUGGCGCUGAAGAUGAGUCCGAAAUGAUAGCAGCCAAGCUCCUGGAAGUCAUGGUGCUGCAAUGUUCCGGGAAAAUCGACAACUGCCUACCUUCCUUCGUGGAGUUGGUUCUCAGCAGGCUGACUAGGAAAGUCAACACAUCGGAGCUUAGGACUAUGUUGCUUCAGGUCCUGAUAGCCAUCCUGUACUGCAACCCUCACCUUCUGUUCACAAUCCUGGACAAGCUGCAGGAGUCAGUCCCCAACGCCUCCAUCGCACAACAUUUCAUGAAGCAGUGGAUCCAUGAUACCGAUUGUUUUAUGGGGCUCCACGACAGGAAGCUGUGCGUUCUCGGCAUCUGCACGCUGCUGGAGAUGGGCCCGCAGAGGCCCAACCUCGACGAGAUACUGCCCAAGAUAGUGCCCUCGUGCCUGGUGCUGUUCGACGGGCUGAAGCGGGCGUACGAGGCCAGGGCUGAUGCCGAGGAGGACAGUUCUGAGGAGGAGGACGAUGAUGAAGAUGAUGAGGAGGUUUUGGACAGCGAAGAGGAUGACCUGGAACACGAUUACCUGGCCAAUCUGGCCCGGAUGGCGACCAAGAACAGCGCCGCGCAGGGGGUCGAGGUCAGCGCCAAGAUCGAGGACUAUGAUAGCGAUGACGAUGACGAUGACUUCGAACCUGAAGAGACUGUGCUGGAGUGCUACACGACCCCCCUCGAUGACAAGAACUGCUUGAUCGACGAGUACAUCAAAUUUAAGAACACGCUGUCAGCACUGUCAAACAGCGAGCCGGCACUCUAUCACGCGCUGACGUGCGGCCUGAACGAGGAACAGCAGAAGCAGCUGAAAGCGGUGCUAGUGCUCGCAGACCAGAGGAAGGCGCAGCAGGACAGCAAGCGCAUCGAGCAGAGCGGGGGCUACUCGUUCACCGUGCCAGCACAAGUGCCGACCAAAUUUAAAUUCGGAUCAUAAUUUUGUAACAUCUAACAAAUUCUCAAGUUAUCGUCUGUGGGCCAUCAACCAUCAUACAACACAGUUAGAGCUUAAGCCAUCACAUGUUCUGCUUAGCGGUUCAACCAAAAUGUGUGUAGCUGAGACUCCUGCGCCGGUUGCAAUUCACAAGUGAAUGCAUGAUGUAAAUUGAAAUUUGCUGUUGCAUUUGAUACCUGUUGAAGCCCCGAGGCCUAUGUCAAAUACCCUUUUAAUGCCUCGAGUGAAAAAUAUCGACGGAGUAAAAUGAAUUUUUAGUUUAUUUGUCGUAAUUACCAGGCUAAGGUGAAGCGUACACUAAAUUAAUUCGUGACAAUUUUUUUUUUCAAACAUUCGUUCGUUGAAUGGGUUAAUUUUUUUAUUGAAGUGCCCGUUGCUUUAACUGUCUGUUAUAAUCGCAGUAACUUUUAAAAGGGUUGAAAACUUAACUUCAGUUAACUACACGUCAAAAUUGAUAAGUUAUAUUUUCCGCAAUGCCAUUUAGAAUUUGACGUUGUGUAGCGUGUAUAAAUUGCACAGAUUAAGCUGACAGUGAAAUUUUUGUUUCUGCAAACAGACAGACUUGAAAAUAUCGUAUUCAUUAUGCAUUUAGUAAAGGUGUGUUGUCUUAUGUAAACUACAAUAUUAUUUGUUUUAAAAUAAACACUAAAUGUAGAACGGGUACUCAAACUAUAGUCACAUUUAUUAAAAAUACAAAUACUCGGAAUAUAAGUUGAACCAAAAUGGCUGCGGUCUUGCAGGUGCUAUAUCCUCCUAUAAGUCACCUCGAUUGUCCCCGAUAUUCGCCAGUAUACCACUAACAUAGGUUAAUUUACACCACGCACUAUAAAUGUAACCAUUUUGACACCCGUCUUCGGGAACUUUUUGAAUACAAGAACAAAUGUACAGUCGGCGUCAGAUCACUGUCUUCAUACAAACAGAAACGAGAUGGGAGUCACGUUACUCUGACCCCGGCUGUACAUUAUUAUGAAUUGUAUCGGCCGGCGGCCAUCAAUCUUGAUGUUUCUGCACUGUGUUGACGAGCCAAGUUAGUAAAGAUGAACAAAAAAAAACAACGGGUGCUAUUUUGUACACAGUGACUCGCACAUAACCGGCGAGUGUUUUAAUACAUACAUAAAAUCACUCCUCUAUUCCGGAGGGGACGAGUACAUCAAAUUUAAGAACACGCUGUCAGGUACAUACAUACAUUCAUAAAAUCACGCCUCUUCCCCCUGAGGGGUAGGCAGAGACUACAUCUUACCACUUGCCACGAUCUCUGCAUACUUCCUUCGCUUCAUCCACAUUCAAAACUCUCAUUAUGCAAGCUCGGCGGUUUCGGGUACUCUCGACCUGACCCUUUGCCAGGACGUCUUUAAUUUGAUAAAGGUCAAUCGUCUAGGCCUUUUCACUCCGACCUUUCCCUCCAAUGUUGAGUGUUUUAAUAAAAAAAAAUAUUCUAUCGAUCGAAAACUUCAAAAUUGUCGCAUGGAUUUUUAAAUAUAUAUAUUUCCAUAACACAAUAAAAACGCGAUUUCAGUACAGAACAAACAUGCACUCUGAUUUUUGAUUCGUCUUUAUUGACUUUAGCUUGGAAAUUGUUUGUUGUAGUUAAAUUUUUGACACGUUUUGACAGCCGCCCGCGCUGCUUUGUUUUGUUAUUUUUAUUUUAUUUUGUUAUGUGAUGUAAACUCGACUCGACUCCACGCUAACGCAUUGUGAAGGUCACUUGACAUAUCGAAUGUUAUUAUUUCAACCGGCUUUAUAAAUUCUGUAAAAUGUAUAAGUAGUAGUUUCUAAGACACUAAAAUUAAUUGCAUUUACGAAUAUUUGUUGCAAACUUGGGAUUAAAAUAUAUUGAGUUAUAUUUGCAUGAUAAAUUUUAAAGAGUUGGUUAAUUAGUAUUAAUGAGAGGCGAAUUGAAUAAAUAAAUAAAUAAAUCGGAUGAAAAGUUUUAACUAAUAUUUCAAAAUGUCCUGUCGCUUUUUAAGAAUAGCGCGACAUUUGACGAAUUAAUGUGCUAACGUGUUUUUUUUUAUAACAGAACUAUCGUGAUACGAUCAUCGAAAUUAUGUAUAUAUGUAUUUAUUAUUUAACUCGAGAUGGCCAUGCGUUCUGGGCAGUACGUCCACUCCCUACUAGCAUACAAAUUGAUUGUUACUAAAUGUUUAAUUACCUAUUGUACAUUCGGAAUGUAGGGGGUGUAAAUGUUGAAGGUUAUAUGGUUACGCCUAUUAGGUAUAUUUUUUCGAAAAAUACAACUGUUUUCUUCACAAAUAACGGAGUCGCUGGUUAAAAUAUUGAUUUCCUUUUACAAAUCAUAGAUUAGUAGAUCGGAUUUAGGUACUAGUUUCACAAUGGAUUCGUGAGAGAAAUGUCAAGCUUGAUACUUUGUAACAGUAAGUGAUCACAAUUUCUAGUCUAUGGGUUGUAAAGGCAUUUCAUGAAACGACUGAUGUAACUCAAAAUAGAAUGGCUCUAAACGAGAAAUUGUAGAAUGUUAUAUUUUCGUAUUGUUUGAGAAUAUACAUGUUAGCCGUUCGUGUGACGACGCAAAUUAUAUAAUUGAAGCUAACCUUUCGUUAUCGAUGCAUUGUCUUGAAUUUCAUUGUGUUAUUUACUGUACUACAGCUUAGUUAUAAACACAAAUAUAAAUAAAGUGUAUUUUUCAAA